CUGAUCCAAACAACACCGACCGCAACUUCCUGAAUCCUCUGCCACAACGACCCCGAUCCCCCGUUUGGAGAAGGAGCUUUUCAUGAUGUCUGGAGGCGUAAAGAAUCUGCGGGCGAUGUUCGAGCAAAGGGGCAGCGACAAUGCUCCUGAAGACCGCGGGAGGUCUCCAGCUCCGUCCAACCUGUCGUCUAACCUGUCGCUUCGUGGAACCCCUACUCCUUCACAGUCCCCACGACCCCUUUCGAAGGUCCGCACAGCGUUCGUAGCCGUCGAGAAAGACGGCCGGAUAGAACUGGUCCUAUCACCACAUCGGCCAAGACGGCAUCGAAACCUUUGAAGUCUCCAGCAGUAGUCAGGGUACCCAAAAGCCCGACAAAGGAGACUUCCAAGGCCUUGAGUCAUGCUCCAGAGAAGAAAGUUCC